AUGAAACUAAAGCUCAUUCAUCACCUCAGCCUCUUUUCUUUACCUUGGAUUCAAAAAGAAAUGGAGAUUUUCAUUUUAUUAUCAACCUUAAUGUUGUUAACUAACCUUUCUCUUGCUGAUACUAAUGAGGUCCUUGGCUUGCAGUGUUCAGGCUCUGAUAAUGCAACCCUGGAGAAUCAAUACCAAGUCAAUCUCAAUAAUCUCCUGGAUUCACUUGCAGCAAAUGGGCCUAUUCACAAUGGAUUCUAUACAGCCACAGAAGGGAAAGGAACUUACAGGAUUUUUGGCAUUACCCAAUGUAGAGGUGAUGUUUCUCCCACAGAUUGUGCAGCUUGCAUCAGGAACUCUACCAUGGUGCGUGGCUGUUCAACUAGUAAGAAUGUUACUAUGUGGCUUACAUGGUGUGUUCUUCGCUAUUCAAACAUGAGCUUUUUUGGUGUAUGGGAUCAAUCUGCAAUGGCUUUAACCAAUGAUACUAAUUUCGAAAACUCAAACGUGGUUUCUCAAGGGCUUAACUUCAUGAAUGAGCUUGCCGCUACGGCUCCACAGUCACCGCUGAUGUUCCAGACUGCUGUGUUGGAUGUUGGACAAAGUGGGAAGAGAUAUGGGAUGGCUCAGUGCAGUAGAGAUAUCAGCAAGAGUGACUGUGGCAGGUGCUUUGUUUAUCUGUUGGCGACUUUCAGAACCACAAUUGGGAACAAAAGAGGAUGGGAGAUUCAUGGAGCUAGUUGCAGCAUGUGGUAUCAUGAUUACCAAUUCUAUUUCAACUUCUCAAUCCCUGCAAAUGAAGGAGCUAUGAAAAUCUCACAUGAACGAGUUGCAAUUCGGUUGAUGAUUCCAGUGCUAUUGUUCUUGUUAUCUAGUCUUUGAAUGAUUUCUCUUGGUCAGCUAAAAGCCGAGGGCUGCAAAGUCAGUGGAAUUUUUUUUACAGAUUUGUUUGGUUUUCCAUUUUGGUUUGUAGAAGGAAACCAUCACACAAAUUUUAUUUUCUCUUCUC